AUGGCGCCCAACCAGGGUUCCAGGAUGCUCAGUAAAGAUGACGCGAAUUAUAAACUUCACUUUCGGAUGAUAAACGAGCAACAGGUGGAGGAUAUCACCAUCGAUUUCUUCUACAAACCGCAUACCAUUACUUUACUGACGCUCACCGUUGUCAGCAUAAUGUACUUUGCGUUUACGAGGGAUGAUGGUGAUUCUGAUAAUAACCUGCGUGUGGGUCUGCUGCUGGUUGGCUCUUUCUUUCUUGUUAUCAGUGUUCUUGCCUUCCCCAAUGGUCCUUUCACAAGACCUCAUCCUGUUAUAUGGCGCAUGGUUUUUGGUCUCAGUGUCCUUUACUUCCUCUUCCUGGUGUUCCUCAUCUUCCUGAAUUGGGAUCAAGUGAAAGCGCUGUUGUAUUGGCUGGACCCCAAUCUACGUUACGCCACACGAGAAGCAGAUAUCAUGGAGUAUGCUAUAAACUGUCACGUGAUUACAUGGGAACGCAUCCGGAGUCAUUUUGACAUUUUUGCCUUUAGUCAUUUCUGGGGCUGGGCAAUGAAAGCUCUACUCAUCCGCAGCUACGGCCUCUGCUGGACCAUCAGCAUCACAUGGGAGCUCACAGAGUUGUUCUUCAUGCACCUCCUUCCAAACUUUGCAGAGUGCUGGUGGGAUCAAGUCAUUCUUGACAUCCUAUUGUGCAAUGGAGGGGGCAUUUGGCUUGGCAUGACUGUGUGUCGCUUUUUAGAGAUGCGUACCUACCACUGGGCCAGUAUCAAGGAUAUCCACACAACCACAGGCAAGCUGAAACGGGCUGUUUUGCAGUUCACUCCGGCCAGCUGGACGUAUGUGCGCUGGUUUGACCCCAAAUCCUCUUUUCAGAGGGUGGCUGGAAUCUACCUCUUCAUGAUAGUAUGGCAGCUCACAGAAUUGAACACAUUUUUCCUGAAGCAUAUCUUCGUAUUCCAGGCCUCUCAUCCUCUCAGCUGGUGCCGGAUCCUCUUCAUUGGGAUCAUCACUGCCCCCACAGUUCGGCAAUACUAUGCAUAUCUAACAGACACCCAGUGCAAAAGAGUUGGAACACAGUGUUGGGUGUUUGGGGCCAUUGCUUUCCUGGAAGCUCUGGCUUGUAUCAAAUUUGGACAAGACUUGUUCUCUAAAACACAGGUUCUUUAUGUUGUCCUUUGGCUUUUGUGUUUGGCUUUUAUUACUUUUCUCUGUCUGUAUGAAAUGAUUUGGUACGAGCAGAAUUAUGGGAAGAGACUGAAGAACAUUGCAGACUGUGACGACAGCACCAUUAUUGACACGUAUGACAACAUUCUUGAAACUUCCAAAGCAGAGAAGAACUCCAGUAGUAAUUCCACUUCAUCACGGAGAAGAAAAGGAGGCUCUGGAAAAAACAAAACAAUCAAUGGAACAAGCGGCAAGAAGUGACCACAGCUAGAUUCAGUGGAGCACAAGGGGUUAAAGAAAGAAUAUGCCAUAAGCGGUUGAAAAGAGGUUAAGUGGUUAGCUGGGUUAUAGUGUGCAGACACAAGAAGCGGUUCUAUAAACAAGAGGACACAUUCCAAACCACAAGCCUCUGUCUUUACUAUAUACUCUAGUUUUUAUUUUCAUAGCACUUGGAAGGAAAUUAUGAUUUGUGGUAUGGCAGGAUUAUGGGAAAUGACACAAUGCACACUUUCCAGUGGCACUGAUGUGGCACUCAUAUUUAAGAAUGUUGGAAGUGUCUGAGCCAGCGAAUGUUUGUGAUGGCCCUCCUAAUGAAAUGAGCUCAAUGCUGCCAGGAUUUCUGUAAAACAUGAAGGGAGCGUUAUUGAGCUCUGAUGAUUUCAUACAACCAGUAGUGUUAAUACAGACCAAGCCCUUGCACAUUUUUCUCCACUUGCCCUUUAAUCAGUGAAUGUUUUGUUGACACAUAAGCAUUGAUCAGGGUAAGAAAUUGUACGCAUCAUUUCAUUGUGAGCUUAAAAGCAAGCUCUA